GCGCCUCUGCCCGCGCCGCCUGGGCCUGCUCAGCCGCUGCCGUUGCCGCCGCCGCCGGAGUCCCGGCCCCUCCCGCGGGGAGGCACGAAGGUCCCGGGAGCCGCCGACGGGACGGGGCAGGCGGGACCAUGUCCGGGCGCGCCCAGAGCGGUAAACUGUCCACGACGGAGCGCAUCGUGAAGGCUGUCCCUUUCCCUCCUACGCAGCGGUUAACCCUGAAAGAAGUUUUUGAGGAUGGGAAACCCAGGCUGGAGGUCUUAAGAAACCACUUGGUGAAAGAAGGGCGUCUGGAGGAGGAUGCAGCUCUGAAGAUAAUCAAUGAUGGAGCCUCCAUUCUGAGGCAUGAGAAGACCAUGAUUGAAGUUGAGGCUCCAAUCACAGUGUGUGGUGACAUUCAUGGGCAGUUCUUUGACCUGAUGAAGUUGUUUGAAGUUGGAGGAUCACCCAAUAACACUCGCUACCUCUUCCUGGGAGACUACGUGGACAGAGGCUACUUCAGUAUAGAGUGUGUGCUGUAUUUAUGGAGUUUAAAGAUAAACCACCCCAAAACACUUUUUCUGCUCCGAGGGAACCACGAGUGCAGGCACCUCACAGAAUACUUCACCUUUAAACAAGAAUGUCGAAUCAAGUACUCCGAGCGGGUCUAUGAUGCAUGCAUGGAUACAUUUGACUGUCUUCCUCUUGCUGCCCUUUUGAACCAGCAGUUUCUGUGCGUGCAUGGAGGGCUGUCUCCUGAAAUCACAUGUCUAGAUGAUAUUAGGAAAUUAGACAGGUUUAAGGAGCCUCCAGCCUUUGGUCCAAUGUGUGACCUGCUGUGGUCUGAUCCAUCAGAGGAUUAUGGCAAUGAGAAGACACUGGAACAUUUUACCCACAACACUGUUCGAGGUUGCUCCUAUUUCUACAGUUACCCUGCAAUUUGUGAAUUUUUGCAAAAUAAUAAUUUGUUAUCUGUGAUUCGAGCACAUGAAGCCCAGGAUGCUGGGUACCGAAUGUACAGAAAGAGCCAGACUACGGGCUUUCCAUCCCUAAUCACAAUCUUUUCUGCACCAAAUUAUCUAGAUGUCUAUAACAACAAGGCUGCUGUGCUGAAAUAUGAAAACAAUGUCAUGAACAUCAGGCAGUUCAACUGUUCUCCACACCCUUACUGGCUUCCAAACUUCAUGGAUGUUUUCACAUGGUCUUUGCCUUUCGUAGGGGAAAAGGUUACAGAGAUGCUGGUUAACAUCCUUAACAUCUGCUCUGAUGAUGAGCUCAUUUCAGAUGGAGAUGAAGCGUUGGAUGAUAACUACAUUUCAAGCUAUCCGAAAGGAGGCACCACUGCCCGUAAAGAGAUCAUCAGGAAUAAGAUCAGAGCCAUUGGGAAGAUGGCACGAGUCUUUUCAGUUCUUCGGGAGGAGAGUGAGAGUGUGCUGAUGCUCAAAGGACUGACUCCUACAGGUACUCUGCCCCUGGGAGUCCUCUCAGGCGGGAAACAGACUCUACAGACGGCCACAGUAGAAGCGGUAGAGGCACGGGAAGCCAUCCGUGGAUUUUCGCCACAGCACAAGAUCCGCAGCUUUGAAGAAGCAAGGGGACUGGACCGCGUCAACGAGCGCAUGCCGCCACGCAAGGAUUCCAAGCACCCCGACGGGCCGGUGAACCUAACCUCCACAAACUCUGCGGAAAAGAAUGGGAUGGGGAAGAAAGCCCAGUAACAGUUCAGGCACCGCCCACUCUGUCUCACUAAAGGAUCCAAAACUUAAUGAAUUCUAUUUAUUUAUUAUGAAGGGGGAGGGCAGGGGGGGGGAGAAACCAACUUAGCCUGGAGGCACAACCAUAAUCCAGUUUGCAUCCAUUCUGUAAGAGAGGUGACCAUUUUGUAAGUUUUUAAAAUUUUAUGUUCAAUAUAUAAAAAGUCAUCUUUUUUUAAUUUAGGAAUGGGUCUAAAUACUAGUACAUAUGUAAAGUGUUGUUUUGUACAGAUUGCCUGUCCCUGCCAGGAGGGAAGGAGCCUGUGCGUGGGGUUGGGGGGUGGGGGGGAGGAAGGGAAGCAGAAACAACCCAGGGCAGCUCUGGGAUCUGAUUUUAUAAUGGAGCCGUUUCAAGUUAUCCUUGUUUUUUAAAAGUGGCAACUUUCAUUUGAAAGCAACAUUUUUCUCCUCCCAGAUUUUGCUGUGUUUCUUCUAUUUCACACUGCAUCUGAUGCUCCAGCAGUUGACUUCCAUUAAAGGCAUGUUGCAUAGGGCA